AUGGCGGAUAACGACCUUCGAAAUCAUAUGAUUGAGGAAUAUUUCCAUUUGGGCUUCAAUUAUAAGGAAAUCAUUGAUUGUCUCUUUUUAAAUAAUGGAAUACCUUUAAGUCUACGACAGCUUAAAAGAAUCUUAUCGCAAAAAAAUCUUGGACGACGACGCUUUAGCAACUUUGUUGAGAUAGCAGACGCCAUGGAAGAGGAGUUAAAAGGAAGUGGAAGCAUUGUCGGUUACAGAUCUAUGUGGCAGAGAUUAGUGGUUGACCAUAAAUUGUCUGUUAGCAAAGAAUUUGUUAGGAAUGCGUUAAGAAUAAUGGAUCCUGAAGGGGUACAAAGGCGCUCAAGGCAUAGACUCCAAAGGCGACAAUAUCACGCAAAGGGCCCAAAUUUUAUUUGGCACCUGGACGGAUACGAUAAAUUGAAACCUUAUGGGUUUUGUAUACACGGUUGUAUUGACGGAUAUUCGAGACAAAUCAUGUGGCUUGAAGUUGGGCGUACGAAUAAUCAUCCCGGCGUUGUUGCAAGCUAUUUUAUUAACUGUGUACAAAAUGUUGGAGGUACCGCCAGUGUAAUUCGUGGAGACAUGGGGACAGAAAACGUGAGAAUCGCUGCUAUUCAACGCUAUCUACGACAUGAAGGAGGAGAUAGUUGGUCAGGAGAGAAAAGUUUUCUUUAUGGAAGAUCAGUUGCUAAUCAGAGAAUAGAAGCAUGGUGGGGACAACUGCGAAGAGGAGCUUCUGAUUGGUGGAUUACUCAUUUUAAAGAUUUGAGGGACAGAGGACUAUACUGUGAUGCCAAUGCUGUGCAUGAAGAAUGUCUACUGUUUUGUUACAUCACAAUUAUCCGUCAGGAACUCCAAAGAGUGGCUAGACUGUGGAACCUACAUCGGAUUCGACCCUCAACAAGGAACAACAGUUCUCCCCAUGGUCGACCUUGUCUCUUAUACCAUCACCCUGAAAUGACAGGGGCCACAGAUUGCAAGCAUGAUGUUGACAUUGACGACUUAGAUGUUGCUAGAGAUAUGUGUUGUGAUGACCUGCCUCUGGAAUCAACACCUGAAUUCAAUGCACUUGCCCAGGUCAUCAUGACAGAAGAAGGUCUUAGAAUGCCAGAAAAUGCUAACGAGGCACAGAAUCUUUAUUUGAUUCUCGUGAACGAGAUAGAGAAGUUAUUGUAG